CUGUCCGUGUAGCUGUUUUUAAAUGUGUUUCUUGUUCUACAUUGGCGUAUUCAGUAUCGUGCGCCAUCUAGUGGCCUCAAUGAAGAACUACACCCGCAGAGUCAAGUUAGAUACACGUAGCGAAGAGAUACUUCCGUUAAACCCUUUCAAAAUAAACCUUGUAUUAAAACGGAGGGAUAUUCCAUCCUGUUCAUACUGUGACUGUAAUCUAUGGUCAGUUUGAUGAAUAAAAUGACAAAGCAUUGUAAUAGAUGAUUCCCUCCUCGCCUCCUUAGCUUUUAGUUAAACUCUGCUGGGCUCGUCAUCAACCGGAACCGGAACACGUAACAUUUUUCAUCACUGGGCGCCAUCUAGUGGACAACCCGAAAGCUACAACAACAUAAGGGGGGGAAACAUGAUGGGAGUAUGACGGCUGCCACACGGCUGAUAUCAAGGUUGACGCUGGUCACUGGAGGAGGCAGUGGGAUCGGACGGGCGGUAUGUCAGCGUUUGGCCUCUGAGGGCGCCUCCGUGGUGGUGGCAGACAUCAGCGAGGAGUCUGCCAACGAGACCAUGGUGGGUCUGCAGAAUGACCUCAGAGGACAGGGUCACAUGGCGGCUGUGGUGGAUGUGUCAUCAAAAGAGAGCGUGAAGAAGCUGGUCACCAGAAUACAGCCUCCCUCAGUGUGUGUGAACGCAGCAGGCAUCACGCAGGACCACUUCCUGCUCAACAUGGAGGAGGAUCACUUUGACAGAGUCAUCCAGGUCAACCUGAAGGGCUCCUUCUUGAUCACUCAGGCUGUGGCUCAGGCUCUGGUGGCCUGUGGAGCACCCAAAGGAUCCAUCAUCACCGUGGGCAGCAUCGUAGGAAAGUGAUCAUCCGUCCAUCCAUCCACCUUGUGCUCGUAGCCAAUAAAGGGUUAAAUGGUUCUUGGAUCCAUGUGUUUGAAUGUUCACACCAGCUGGAGGUUCACUGGUUCAGCAUUUUAAAGACAUUCACUCACACUCAUUACUUUUAGUGAUCCUUUUUUACGACUUCUUUGAUCGAAUGUCGCCUCCACAAACUCUGAAUUAUUAAUCAGUCGUCUUUAAAUCGUCUACAAAAGGUCGGAGAAAUGCACGGAUUGAAAACAAGCUGGUGAGGAUGGAAACAAUCAAAACACCAAACAUGACAGGAACCUCAAACAUGUUCACACAACCACACAGGGUUAGAAACAAACACACACCUGAAUCCUGAUUCUCUGCACCUGUUCACCUGUCACUCCCCUUUCUAGCUGCGUGUGGCUGAUUACCCAUGAUGCCCAGGUGCAAAGGUGACGUAGCAGCAGCAGCAAUAAUAACCAAACUCAGCACACACACUAUAGCACACAUCAAACUGGCUCCAACAAAUGUUUUUAUAUCAUCACAAUGUAGAUGUUACUGAACUGAGCGGCUAAUUUAAAUAUCUUUGUUCAGACGUUUCAGAACAUGUGAAUAAUCCGUCUAUAAGAUCAACAAAGUAAAGAUCAUAAAGUUUAUUGGAAUCAAACUAAAUGUUCCCACAAUGGUAGCUACAGCUGUGUAAGUGUUUCCAUGAAUGUUGAAGUGAAGAAACACACAGACAUUUGGAGUGUGAGGGACUUUAUUGAACAGAUCAUUUACAGUACAAAGGUAUGAAACAGCAGCUCAACACCACUAGUUAACUUAACCCAACACAGGAAGUGAUUCUGAGAAUUCAUCUUCCACUUCCAUUCACAAAACUCAGAGAGAAAACAUCCCUCGUUCCUGAACACGAGCAGGAAUUA